GCGCGCCAAACAAAGCUCCAUGUGCAGGAGCAGAAAACAACGGAGCGCCUGAAGUUUAGUGUCUCUGCUUCUUGACAUGUUGAAAGUGUAAAAACAUAAAAACGGGGAUGUAAAGUGGAAAACCAACAAGAUUUGUUGACUUUUGUGGUAAAAUACUGAAUAAAAUAAGAAAAGACUAGAAGAUAAGAGAAGGAAAGAAGAACCCGGUGUUUAAAAUUUAAAGUCCGGAGGAGCCUCAGGAGGAUGUUUCUUAUGAUGUCGGCUGCCUGAAAGGAGAAACUGAUGGAGGAAGAGCGUCAGGAAAGGAGGGAGGAGGAGAGGGACGAUGUUCUCGAGGAGGAGGAGAGGAAAAUAAAAACUCUGUCCAGGAGAAGAGAAGAAGAAGACGAGGAGGAGGAGGAGGAGGAAGAGAUGAUGAAGGCAGACAUUAAAGACAAAUCACAGAAGCAGCUGAUUGGUGGACACACUCCGAUCUCCGCCUCCUCCUCCUUCAUCUCCUCUCCUUUCCUCUCCUCUUCUCUGUCCCGGGUGAGAGGAGGCGAGGAAGAGGACGAGGUCAGAGUCUCCAUAGUCACCAUCGAGGACGAGUCAUGUCCGUCCGAGCCAUUUGGCACCGCCCACCUGGAAACGCCCAAUCAGAUCACACGCAUAGAGGACGGAGGAGACAGGAAGGAGGAAGAGGAAGGAGAGAAGAAAAAGGAAAAGGAGGAGGAGGCAAAAAGUGAUGGAAGAGAGGAGGAGGAUGAAGAGAUGACGUCACCAUCACUUCACCUGCAGAGUGAGAUGAAGAGGAAGUUGGAUCACGGUCCGGAUGGGCGGCCGUUCCCUUCCGGGAAGAAACACUGCAAAGGCAACGGAUACCUCAGUCCUUCCAAUCUAGUUCAAGCCACGCCCACCACAUUCGGCGACCUACGGCUAGCCAAUGGGCAUUCUGCUCAGCGGCGGCGUGUCACAUCAGGCCCGCCCCCAUCUGGCCUGCAGGACUGGCUUCAUAUCUUCCAGGCGUGGAGCGGCCCUGAGAGGCUAUUGGCUCUGGAUGAGUUGAUCGACAGGUGUGAGACCAAUCAGGUGAAGCAUAUGAUGCAGGUGAUCGAGCCGCAGUUCCAGAGAGACUUCAUAUCGCUGCUGCCCAAAGAGUUGGCCCUGUAUGUGUUGACCUUCCUCGCUCCCAGAGACCUGCUGCAGGCCGCUCAGACCUGCAGGUACUGGAGGAUCCUGGCUGAAGACAACCUGCUGUGGAGGGAGAAGUGCCGCGAAGAAGGUGUGUCAGAUUGUGCGUCGUCCCGGCGCAGGAAGUGCGUGCGGCCGGGCGUGGCGGUCAGCCCGUGGAAAUCGGCCUACAUCCGACAGCACCGUAUAGAGAGCAACUGGAGGAAGGGCGACGAGCGAGAGCCGAUGGUGCUGAAAGGCCACGAUGACCACGUGAUCACCUGUCUCCAGUUCAGUGGCGACCUGAUCGUCAGCGGCUCAGACGACAACACACUCAAAGUGUGGUCGGCCAUCACUGGGAAGUGUCUGCGGACGUUGACGGGUCACAGUGGCGGCGUGUGGUGCAGUCAGAUGGCGGUCGCCACGGUGAUCAGCGGCUCCACAGACCGGACACUGCGUGUGUGGGACGCCGAGAGCGGCGAGUGUGUCCACACGCUGUACGGACACACGUCCACGGUGCGCUGCAUGCAUCUCCACGGCAACCGGGUAGUGUCGGGCUCUCGGGACACGACGCUGCGUGUGUGGGACGUGUCGACGGGUCGCUGCGAGCACGUGCUGACGGGUCACGUGGCGGCGGUGCGCUGCGUUCAGUACGACGGGCGCCGCGUGGUGUCCGGGGGAUACGACUACAUGGUGAAGGUGUGGGACCCCGAGACGGAGGCGUGUCUGCACACGCUGCAGGGACACACUAACAGAGUGUACUCGCUGCAGUUCGACGGAGUGUUUGUUGUGAGCGGCUCGUUGGACACUUCGAUCAGGGUCUGGGACACAGAGACAGGUGGGUGCAUCCACACGCUGACGGGUCACCAGUCACUGACCAGCGGCAUGGAGCUGCGGGACAACAUCCUGGUCUCUGGAAACGCCGACUCCACUGUCCGGGUGUGGGACGUCAGGACGGGGCAGUGCAUCCACACGCUGCAAGGUCCCAAUAAACACCAGUCAGCGGUGACGUGUCUCCAGUUCUGCAGAGGUCUGGUUCUGUCCAGCUCGGACGACGGGACGGUCAAACUCUGGGACCUGAAGACUGGAGCCUGGCUGAGGGACGUGGUGGCGCUGCAGAGCCGAGGAUCAGGGGGCGUGGUUUGGCGAAUCAGAGCGUCCGACACGAGGCUGGUGUGCGCGGCCGGCAGCAGGAACGGCACGGAGGAGACCAAACUGCUGGUUCUGGACUUUGACCUGGACGAGGGGAAGAAAGAGUCCGAGUGAAGCGGACACCGUGAUGUCAUCAAAAGGGGACAGAAAAAUGUUCCCGCCAAAAGAACAAUGGGAGUUUUUUAAAAUGGACCAAAAGAGGUUGUUGAUUGGACGGUCCCCUAAUCGUCACAUAAACAGGAAUGGAUGUGAGACACGUCCUGAUGACAAAACAGUUCAAGGCUCAUAUGGACGCAAAACAAGAUGGCCGCCACAAUUAAGUUGGAAUGAUGUAAUCAAAAAAAUCCUUCCAGCGGGGGCGACGACUGAAUGUUUUUGGACUUUUUUUUAGGGACAGGAACGUGGAUGUAAAUUGUUUCUACGACAACAAGAGAAUGUUGACAAACAAACAAAC